AUGGAAUUUGCGCUGUCAACGGCCCCUUGGAUAGGAACAAGAUUACACGCUCACGCGUCUUCAUUUCCCUUUGUCCUGCUCAAGAAGUACCGUGCAAUGAGGCCAAAGUAUGAUGUGAAUUCGAUUUGGGGGGUCAAAGUCCAUGUCUUCAGGCAGCUUCAACCGCCAUCUGCCAGCAGUCCAACUAACGCUCGUGCUGCAAAGGGAGAGAGAGCUCCUCGACCACCCCCAACCGAUCCCUUCCAAGCCAACGACUCUGCUGAGGUAUCAAGCAGUCCAGGAGGGAAAAAGAGGAAGAAGAAAAAGAAGAAACAACCUAUUGUAGAUUCUGGUUUCUCCCUGCCGACACCGACAAACACUCAAGCCGGUCCGUCGAGUACUGCAGUGCCGACAGAUUCGGAGAACUCAGGGUCUCAUUCUCCUACUCCCAUCGAACAAAGUCCAAGACUGCCAACAUCUUUUCCUCCGCCAUUUCCUCCCUUCCCUCCCUCUACCACUCCCGGGCCGACUCCUUAUAAUAUUCCUAUUCCAGCAUCGAAUCCUUCCACCCCUUCGCCACUGCCUCGUAAAUUCCCCAGCUCAGGGCAGCGACAUUCACCUACUCCUGCCUCUCCACAUGUGUCACCGCCUCGGGGUGAUCCCCAGCCCCAACCGCCAACACCUCCUCGACGUCGACGUUCACCCCCACGUCGAUAUUCGCCGACUCCAACUCCUCCCCCUUCCCCUCAAGAUGAUACUCGCAUGCGCUCUCCAUCACCUCCAUUAGCACCGCCUCCUCGUUCUGCUGGCACAGGAAACUCAAGUAAUAUGAGGCCAUCUCCCCGUCACUCUCCAACUCCGGGACCUUCACGACAUCACUCUCCCCCUCGAGCUCGCUAUUCUCCACGUCCAGGCCGUCGCUCACCACCUCGUUCGCCACCUCAACGUCCGCCUCCUCGGCGAUCGCAGCCAAACACAUCAAAGUCAUCUUCGUGGGAUCGCCGUGAUGCAGAGAGAGAGGAGAGGAAGAAGAAACGGAAAGCCCGGGCAACAAGUCGGGAACCUGUUACGAAACGUUCGCAUUCACGCAAGAACAAGUAUCAAAUCCCAACAAAAGGUUCGGGUGCCCUGUCGGAGAAGAAUGUGAGCCUUCAGAAGGGCGCCACACUUCAUUUCCAAAUCCUCACAGGCAUCCGAGGCCUCGUGGAUGAUAUUUCUCCCCAGCCCACCCCCGCCGAUCGCACCGCUUUUGCAUCUCGCUUCACUGACAGCGAAGCCUGGCGAGCAAAACUGGCAUCCUUGACUUACUCAGAUGAGUGGGGUUUCGCUGCAGUUCAACAGAUGCGGCAUGAUGAUUUUGUGGCCAAGAGACGGGGUCAAAUUGCAUCUGCGAUUGGCGCGAUGGAGGAUCCUCACCUGCAUGUGAUUUUUGGUGCGGUGGCAGAGGCGGGGCUAUCACGUUUUGCUCCAGAUCUGAAGGGCUCUCCUGAGAGUCUCUACAAUCUGGUACACGAAGACUUGGCUAUUGCAACAUUCCAACGGGUUGCUGCGCAUCAUGCGUAUGAUGUCGACAUUACUCAUGUGCGGGACCGAAGCCUUAUCCGCCGUCUCUAUCGACACUUUUUCUAUUAUUCAAUGCUCGACAAACUUGAUACUGAAGAGCGGAAGCCGGGAGGGGUGGCGGAACGGAACGAGAAAACAAAUAUGUACAAGCGUCGUCGAGAGGAUUCUGCACGUUGCCAGCAAUUCCUCCAAGACGAUGCGUGGCCAGGAGACACACAAGCUAUGUUCUCCUCGCCCGAGUGCGCGAACGGCGAGUCAUCGCCCACGCGAUUAUGUCAGCGCGGAUCAGCGCCAUCACCGACGUACAGCGUAUGA